CGGGUGGGGAGCGAGGCAGCUAUCGUGUCCCAGUUUUGCGACAGAACUCACAUUACUGAGGCGGAGGGGACUACCGGAGGAAACCUGCUGAAGCGCAGUGGGCUGUAGCAACCCGGAGAGAGUGUGCAUUCGACGAUGCGAUUGACCGAGGGUGAGUCCACUGCCAUGUCUGGUGCCGUGGUGAUGGAGCCUCCCAGAGACAGCGACUUCCUGCAGUCAUCCUGCGGCCCCGAAGAUGGUGCGGCCUCCCUCGACGAUGUCGCCAUCGACGCAGCAAAUGAGUCCUCGGGGGAGGAGUCGGAAAGGGAAGAGGAGACAGGGGCCAGUAAUGACGAAACCACCGCCCAGCCUUCAGACAUUCCCACUGAACAGCCCUCAAACACAGAGACAGUGAUUGCCCAGCGCCCACACUCCCUGAUGUUGCCUCCAGCGAUGGAGCCGGGCCUAUGGACGUGCCAGGGAGAUGGAGAGGUAAAGCUGAGGAUGGGGGAGUCUGGCCUGGCUGCCGAGACCCCUUUGACAGUCAACCAGAUGUUCACCUCAGCCGUGCAGCGCUUUGGCAGCUGCGUCGCUUUGAGCUGGAAGGAGGGUGAGCAGCAGAGGACCCUGGACUACAAAGGAUACUACCAGGCCUGCCGCACGGCAGCAAAGAGCUUCCUCAAGCUUGGUUUGCAGCGCUACCAUGGUGUCGGCAUCUUGGGCUUCAACUCGGCUGAGUGGUUCAUCUCUGAUAUUGCUGCAAUUUUGGCAGGUGGGUUUGCUGUGGGCAUCUACACCACCAACUCACCCGAGGCAUGCCAGUACGUAGCUGAGAACUGCAAGGCCAAUAUUAUUGUGGUGGAGAAUCACAAACAGCUGCAGAAGAUCCUACAGGUUCAAGACAAACUGCCCCACCUAAAAGCCAUUAUCCAGUACAAAGAUGCACUUAAAGAGAAGAGACCAAAUCUGUACACGUGGGCAGAGUUUAUGGAGCUUGGACGCGAUGAGCCAGAUGCUCCCCUUGAUGAAAUCAUCUCCAGCCAGAAGCCCAACCAGUGCUGCACGCUCAUCUACACCUCAGGGACCACAGGCCAGCCCAAAGGAGUCAUGCUUAGCCAUGACAAUCUGACGUGGACUGCAUUUGCUACCAGCCGCCAUGUGCGUCUGACAGAUGCCACUCAGGCUCAAGAGUGUGUGGUCAGCUACCUGCCCCUCAGUCACAUUGCUGCUCAGAUGGUCGACAUCUGGGUCACCAUGAAGGUCGGAGGAGCUACUUACUUUGCCCAGCCGGAUGCUCUCAAGGGCUCUCUGGUUAACACCUUGAAGGAGGUGCGUCCCACAGCCUUUAUGGGUGUGCCCCGUGUCUGGGAGAAGAUGCAGGAAAAGAUGAAGUCUGUCGGGGCCAAGUCCUCCACCCUCCGCAGAAAGGUGGCUGCCUGGGCCAAAGAUGUGGGUCUGCAGACCAACCUCGGCAAGAUGAACCAAAACGCAGCAAUUGGGCGCUCCCCACUGAACUACCGUGUGGCCAAGAAGCUGGUGUUCAAAAAGGUGCGUAAGGCCCUAGGCCUGGACCGCUGCAACAAAUGCUACACGGGUGCCGCUCCCAUCACCAAAGACACCUUGGAGUUCUUCCUCAGCCUGGAUAUCCCCGUGUAUGAGCUGUACGGCAUGAGCGAGAGCACUGGACCUCACACCAUCUCCCUGCCCGAUGCCUUCAGGCUGACCAGCUGCGGAAAGGAGAUCCCCGGGUGCAAGACAAAGCUGCAUAAUCCUGACGAGGAGGGCAACGGGGAGAUCUGUUUCUGGGGUCGCCAUGUCUUCAUGGGCUACCUUAACAUGGCCGACAAGACAGACGAGGCUCUAGAUGCAGAGGGCUGGCUUCACUCGGGUGACCUGGGCAAGCACGACGAGAAUGGUUUCCUCUUUAUUACUGGACGCAUCAAAGAGCUCAUCAUCACAGCGGGAGGAGAGAACAUCCCUCCUGUUCCCAUUGAAGACGCCGUGAAGGAGGCCGUGCCGCUAAUCAGCAAUGCCAUGCUUAUCGGCGACAAGAGGAAGUUCCUCUCCAUGCUACUUACCAUGAAGUGCAUGGUAAAUGCAGACACGGGCGACCCAGAGGAUGAGUUGACUCCCGAGGCGGUGGAGCUGUGCAGGAAGUUAGGCAGCAAUGCCACAUGCGUCUCUGAGAUCUCAGGUGGCGGCGACCGGGCCGUCCACGCGGCCAUCCAGGAGGGAAUCAACCGAGUCAACGAGAGCGCCACCUCCAAUGCCCAGCGCAUCCAAAAAUGGAUUGUUCUAGACCGGGACUUUUCCAUCGGCGGAGGAGAGCUGGGCCCAACCAUGAAGCUGAAGAGGCCGGUGGUUAUGAAGAUGUACAAGGAGCAAAUUGAGAACUUCUACAAAGAGCUGGCGACCCCCAGCACCCCUGACAACCCUCUGCCUCCCAAAUAGAGACAUAUACACGCCACGCCUGCCCGCAGAGGAGUUCAGGGAGCCACGACUGAAGACAUGAUGCAAACAGUACCGUCUCCUGACAUUACAUGCACAUUCAUAAACACACGCACAGAACACACUGUGCGCACACUUUCACAGCCACAAUCGUAUAACCAGCUACUCCCUGCAACUGUUUCUCUCCUGCAAGGAUGUUUUGGUAGCUUUGUGCAUUGUUUGUUGGGUUUCAUUUACAUUUGCGGGUCUUGGACAACAAGAAAACAAGGAACAGCCACAAAAAGCCAUUGGAAAAUUUCUGUGAUUUUGAAAAUAUUACUGAUAAGCUCGUUUCAACUAUUUAUUUAUAUUAAUGUAAAAAAAAACAUUAAUAUCCGAUCGAUGAAGUAGCCACUGCUGUAGGAAACGGCAUUGUUUAUUGUACUGUAAUACUUGAGCGACAAAGAGAAUCCAAAGUUUAUAGGACAUGAUGGAGUUUACUGAAUGAUAUGUCUGUUGAGUGCAUUUACUCUUUAUUUAUUGUUUUCAGUUUGCCAAAGUUUUUCCUAGGGCCAAAUAUGCUUUGGAUGUAAAGCAAUUGUUCUGCAAAAAAAGUCUAUAUAUAUAUUAAGAUAGAUGUAGGAAAAAAAUAAUUCACAGGUACAAGCCUGUUUCAUGCAUUACGCACUCAUCAGCUGCCAAGUUGGCUAUUAUAAUUAUAUUAAAUUAUACUAUAUUAUUAUUAUUAUAAUUAUAAUUAUCCAUUAACUUAUAAUAUAUUAUAGCCAACUUGGCAGCUGAUGAGUACACAAUGCACGAAACAGGCUUGUGCUGCUGUGAAUUAGUUUUUUUCCUACAUCUAUCUUUAUAUAUAUAUAUAUAUAUAUAUAUAUAAAAACCUGAUAUAAAAUGUAGCUUUCAUAUCCAGUGUUGACUGGCCUAUAUGUGGAUCUGGAUGAGUUGAAGUAAAACAGGGAAAGUGAUUUGAUGAGCCAAUGUGUCCUCGUCCUAUUUAGUGUUGCUAUUUAGUUCUUCGUCUUUCUGGUUUCAGAGUUUUGAUGGAAAGUUUUGACUUUAUGUUGUAUUCCUGUCCGACUAGUCACCGAGGUUUGUUCUGGGCUUACGCGGAUCCAAAAUGGACGAAGAUGAUGAAAUUCGCAGAGGCGAAUUUAAGUGUAGAUUGUCUCAUCAUGGUGAGCAUUUAAAAUACUUUCCUCGGACUGUGAAACCAUAUCAUUCAAGCCAUAUAUCUACAUCGCAGUCGUGCUUUUUUUGUAAGCAACAGGGGAAAAAAAAGACAUGUAUGUAUUCUGAUAUUGUGCGUGUUUACUUAUUACUGCCUACACACAUGCCUGGUCCAGUUGGAAUAUUUUAUAACAAUUCCUGUGUGUGUAGAAUAUGCUGUGAUCUUGUGAAAUAUUGUAAAUAUGUUUUUUUGCCUACAUUCAAUUCUCUCUUGUGGUCCUUUGCUUAUUUUUUAUCGGAUUCGGUUUUCUUUCAGGGAGAAGUGACACGUCAUAGCCGUAGAACUGGCAUGUGUCACUUUUUGUACUGACACACAAUGAAGGCAGAUCAGACAUGGAAAGUGUGUAGAAGGUAGAUUUGGGGGGGGUGGUAACGGCACAUCUGCUUUAGAAAAGAGCUGCUACCAUUGCUACACACACAUAAAGUGAGGAGAAGAAGUAACUCAAUGCUUUCCCCCCAAAACUGUCUCAAGACACGGAAGUGGCUGUUUGCAGCGAACUCAGAUGGGCUUAAGACAUUUCUCACGAAAUGAACAAGGAAAAUGGGGGCAUUACCCCUUGUUAUUACCAUCCAGAGAAUUUGUUCCAGUAUGUGUAGCAGUGGCAAUUGUAAAUUGUCUGAGUUCAAACUGAAGACUGGUAUGGCUUGCUCAAACUAGUCGAGGCUCAGGAUAAAUAGUACAAGAAAACUAUAUACCAGAGGGGAAAUGAUGUAAUUUAAGCCUAUCUGGAAUGGUUUUGAAAAAGGAAAUGACGGUGAUACAAAACAGUAUGUCAGGGUGGCCAAAUUCUCUGCUUUGUGGAAUUGAACAUUGCUUCCUCUGAGUGGUUAAUGCAGAACUAAAGUUUCAACACCUUUAUGACCGCUUUCACUUCCUGCUCCAAGGAGGUCUAAGACAGUUUCUUAUGGGACUUGGGGCUUGAUCUCAUUAUAAUGCUUAAUGCACAGUGUAUAAUAUCACAGCGCUUACAUUUGUUCCAUUCUUCAUUUACAUCAUUUUGUAACAUUUAACGAAGAUGCAUAAUACAUGCAUGAUAAGAAAUUCUGCAAAUACAAGUCUUACAAAUCCAUAUGUGGCCGCACAUUGCCCUGGACACAACAUACUGGUUAAACCUGACCUUUGCAAGACUUAAUUGUGAAUAGUUCGUAAGUAGAAAAGUUCCUAAGUGUACCCGGGUGUAAGAUGGAAAUAUUCACGUCGCUGCUGGGGGACGGCUGAGAAGGGCUGUUUGGAUAACCAGCAGAUUCCCAGAGCCUACAAAUAACAAUGUUUUCUGUAUGUGUGGUCCAAUUAUAAAAUAAAAGUUACAUACCGUGA